ACCAGUGCAUCCAAGAUGACUUCCAAAGCAACUCUGCUAACCGUUGCUCUGGCCACCUAUCUGACAACCUCCCAUUCGGCCAUUCCGCUUCACAACCGAACAUCGCCAACCCCCAAACAACCCGGCCUCGCCACCACUCUCUACCUCAGGGCCGGUUUCCAUCCGCCCGAGCAGCGAUACUUCGUGUUCAACAGCCGAGAGGUGGACUUCUUCCAGGCGUGGCACCUGUGCGCUUCGAUCGGACUGCGGCUGGCCUCGGUCAACACGGCGGAAGAUGACGCCGCACUGAAGUUGGCCCUCCGCGCUGCGGACUCGAACCAGAUCGGACCGUGGUGGAUCGCCGGAACGGACCUGGGCAAGCACGGACACUUUCUGUGGAUCACCACGGCCAGGCCGCUGGGAUACCGGACCGGGUAUACGAACUUUGCUCCAGGUCAACCGGACAAUACCGCAGGUAGAGAGCACUGCGUUGAAGCAGGGUACCCUAGCGGAACUCUCUGGAACGAUAGGCACUGUGACACUAGGCGAAGGUACGGUUGAUUGCUACUAUUUCUG